GCACUAGGAAAACGGUUCAGUUUGUGGAAGUCCGCGAUCGCGCGCUAAGGUGUACUCCGGUGUAGCGCAUUCCUUUGCUCAGUACUUUUCACUAACUGAAGCCGCUCUAACAAUAGAAGUGCAUGUACCUUGGUGGAGUCUUGUAAGUCACGGCGUAAUGCUAAUAUCAAGCCAGUUUCAAUUUAUCAAAUCAGUCUAACGUUGACUGCGAAUGCUCGACGUUCUUGCUCCAGCACUACCGGGUCUUAAUUAAGAUUGAAACGAUCGAUGUUACUCGUACCUUUGGCUUCUCUCACAGGCUUGCGAUAAGCUUUUGGAACCUUUUCUCUGAUAAAAGGAUAGCUAAGUAAUCAAUCCUUGACAAAGAAACAACCAAUCGACCCUCCAUUUGGCUCCUAAGUGAUACACUCGUAGCUACCUAAGUGCUUAAUUUUCCUUUGAGUUUCAAAGUUUAGAUUUUCCGCACCCAGAAAAGAUAAGUGAAUAAAAUAAUUUUGCAAGCAAGUGCGGCACUAGGGCGGUGCUCUGCGGAGCGCCUGCUUGUCGGUAAUGGAAGUGUAGGUGGCUUAUUGUCUGCUUAUUGAUUGAUUGUGAAUUCUAUUAUUUUGUCGGAAGAUACAGAGUUUUCGCAGUUGUGACAAAUUAUUCAAGAGUUUAGUGUGCCAACGAAUAGUUUGAUCUGGCCGAGUGUGCACAUGUGCUUGCGUUGGAAACGUUUGCUUAUAAUUCAAUACGCGUUGCAUGAGAAUUGAUGCUGAAGCAACAAUCCACGGGCGUACCGAGCGCAAUGGAUAAUUAGUUCUGAUCAUAAGCGCGUUGUAAAUAUAAUAAUUUUUGGAACCGACAAGCAACGGCGCCACCCCACGUCCAAAGUAACCCCGUCGAAUCUACGUGGUACCGAAUCCGAACAAAAUUAGUUAUCAACAACAUUCAACCAGCAACAGAGAAAACAAUUAACUGCGUUUUCCUCGAUCAUUUCCAUUCAGCCGAGAAAAAGUGUAAAAAAUAGCAAAAGUAACAAUAGCGACAGCAGAUACAAAGCAAAGCAAUUUUCCGCGCAAAUUGAGGGUCAUCAAAGUAAUUGGAUUAAGUUCAGAUACAGAGUGAAUAGUGAAAAGUGAGAUCAUUCAAAUCAACAGGCAAUUAUUGCUUCUGAUUUAUGGAAUAAUCGAUUCUCUAAGACCACUAUGUAAACAACAUAGAUUGAACGCAAUCUAAGGAGAUUCGUAUUUCACUUUGUGUAUCGAAAGCAAAGUUUGUCACGAUGAAGUCGUUUGCCUUGCACUUGGUCGUGGUCUUCAUUCUAGGCGCCGAGUAUCAAUUGCAGACUUUUUGCUUGUCGCCGUCUUCAUCAUCAGCCACCGCAUCAUCACCAGCUUCAACAACAGCAUCAUCAUCGCCAUUCAGGGAGCGAUUUAUAGCAAGCGGCCCCAGAUCAAGUCCCAGCUCGAGCGAGACCACUCAGCAUCGAAAAGACGCAAAAACGUCUCGUACAAUCCAACGCUUAGUAGCGGGACACCUUCAAUUUUCUAACAAUAAUAGUUCAAAUCAAUGGUCAAAUGCGAUCUUCAGACGGAGGCCAAAUAUCACAAAGACUCAAUUCACACCAACAAGAAGCACCUUCUUACGAAGAGUCAAGUCAACUGCUACUCCAUCUGUUGCGUCGAACGACGAGCUAGACUACCGAGACUCUGCUCUCCUUGAAGACACCAACGAUAUCGGAAACUGGGAUGAUGGAAUCUUACGACUAAGUGCCGGAGCUGGGAAAGAGACCAACGCCAAAGGCAAAAAGAAGCAGGACAGCAAAAAAACACUAGCCGAUCAAGUCAAGGACGGAAAAUAUGGAUUAAUUGAAAACGAACUCUUCAAAAAUGUUCCCAAAAGGCCAGGAAUUAUCAGUUAUCUCCCUAACAAGGAAGUACCAGAUGAUAAUGCAAAAAACUACGGUGGUUUAAAAGAAGACGAUAUCUGGCUAGCAGAGGAUCACUUGCUAGUCCUGAAAGGUGGUGGUCUUAAUGAAGAUGAUAUUGAUGAACCAUGGGCACCUAUCGAUGACUACGAAGCGCCGGGUAGGCAAAUUAAAAUCCCUCCCAAUCCAAAAGUUCCACCACCAUUUCCCGUCCAAUUCGAAGACAAUGGGCCGAUACAGUUUAUCGGAGAUCAUAAAUUCCCGUUCUUCUAUUCGAAAAAUGAGAACAAAUCUCUAUCAUUAUUCCCCGAAAAUGGUUACCAACCGACCGAAGCCGAUCGUAACAACGAAAAAGAUAUUCUUGCCGGGCCGGGAUCGUCUCAAAAUGCUACGAGCGAUAAGGAUCGCUACCUCUACCCGCCCGCCUAUCCACCAUGGCUAUUCAACAACGAGUCAUUUAAAAAUCCAUUUUUGAAUUUUGCCCCGCCUCCACAAGAUGCUCCUCCAUUCGAUGGUGGAACUGAUUACAUUGAUGAAGAUGAUCCUUCGUUAUACUAUCCACCUCCAUACACAUUUGUUUAUAAGAGUAAUUAUUCUAAUCCGGUGAAACCAGGCCCGUUGGUUCCUGGUAUUGUCUUGCCUCCGCCACCUAAUGCUUUCGCCAGACUUGUACCUAAAAAGCAACAUACUCCAUCCAAAACGGUUCCAUUUACCUCUAUCCUGAAUAAAAUAAAUGAAGAAAGGCCUAGAGUUGUAACCACUACAACAACAACGACAACUGAAUUAACAACGACACCUUAUAUAACCACUACACAACCUCCUCCACCCAGCAGAACUAAGGAGGUGUACUACGUAAGACCAAGAACCCGUCCUUAUUCCGUCCCUCUCACUUCACCGUUACCACCAGCAACAACCACUACAACGACACCAAUACCACCUACCCAACAAAUCAUUUCAUUUGUACCACAAACACAGACACCAACCGAUUCAUUCUCUACUGGGAAACCUAUAUACUACGAAUACUUUGAUGCUAGGAAAGUGCCAACAGGAGCAGGGGUAUUUCAAGCACCCCAAACACAAACGCAAGGAGCAUUCUUCCCACAAAUUACCAGAACCAACGCAGCAUUUCCCACUACGACACAACGCCCGAUACCAUCCUCACCGAAACCAUAUAUACCUCAGAAGACAUUUCCCAAACCCAUAUUUAGAGAGACAACACAGCCGUUUAGACGACCUGUACCAACAGUCCAAACACAAAAACCUUUGCGCAUUAAUCCAAUCAGUUCUGCACCCAAGCCUUAUAAUUAUAAUGAUUACCUUUAUAUUACUCCAAAACCUGAAAUAUACCCUAAUGGAAUUUCGACCAAUAUCAUCCCUCAAACACCUCAACGCCCAUUCAAACUACAGUCUAGCUUCGACCGGGAGGUGGACGCUAUACGACAGACACUACAAUAUUUUAAAUCUCAAGAGGUCAAACAGGGCCAUUUUUCGAGGAACCCAAGACCAAAAGCGUUAUACGAAUAUAAUUUUGAUGGAAGUGGACCGGGGACUGGUAACUAUAAUCCAAGUGGAGCUUUCACGCCACCCUCGAACUACGACUCCGAACCAUUCAAGCCAAUGGUACAAUAUAGUCGUCCAGUAAAUGACGCGAACGGCUUCAAAGCAAUCGCCUAUCCCAGGACUGAUAGUUUGGCAACAAAUCAAGGCCAAAAUAUAUACUACUCAUCAACUCCCCGAACAGAACCCUUGCAAAUUGAAGUGCAAUUUGGGGAUAAUCUGAAUAAUCGGCCUUCAUUAUUUAACUCUCCUCAACCGACAGCAAGCACACCUCGAGAUCAGAGGAAGUUCAAUGGACGGAUAGCGCAGCCGUCUUCGCAGUAUCUUCCACAACAAAGCACUGCACGACCGCGACAACCAUGGGUUUCUAUUGAAAAACAAGUUGUACAUGAAAUAAUUCCCCAAAAUGACCCUGUCCCUUUCCGAUCUUCCAAUCAGAACAACAUUAAUAGAAGCAUUACAGGAUUUAUCCGUAAUGCCCCAAGAAACCAGCAACCAGUUCCGCCGUUCCAAGGGUACUAUUACACUCAGCCCGCUCAGCAACGCCCUAAUCACAGAUUCCAACAAUUUCCCGAACCUUCUUUUCCUAAACAAGUUGGUGAAAUACAGACCCAACUGAAUCAAUACCGAGUCCAGCAGCAACAGCAGCCUGUAAGCCUGGAGAAUGACACUUUCGUCAACACCUUUCCUAGUCAAACCAUAAACCCUGAUGCUGAGUAUAUAAAUCUUCCUCCGAGACGAGAACAGUUCCAGCAACAACGGUUACCCCCUCUAUCUUCACCUCAACAGGAACCUGGUAGUAACAUCUACCGAAAGCCUGUUGAUAUAGAGGGAGAUAUUUUAGUCAAUUACAAGCUGCCUCUUCCGCCAAUAAAUCCUGACAGUGAGCUUAUCCAACCCCAAUUCGGGAAUAGAGAUCCCCAACAGCAGCAGCAGUUCUUUCAGAGACCACAGUCGGGAUUUCCUCAAUAUAACGGCGCUAGUAGACCUUUUCCUAAUAACAAUAGACCGCCCAAUUUCUACUAUGUGACUCCACAACGUGAUCUUAGAUUUAAGGGAGUUUGAAAAGUGUAGUUGGGCAGGAACUUUAUUGUGAUUGUCGUUCCAAGUUUUUGAAAUGUAACUACAGAGUAGUGCUUUGUGAAAGAUUGUUUCGAAAUGGUGGGUUGCCAAACGAGUGAGCCACUCUCAUUACCAAAAAUAUCUGAAAUGUCAUGGUUUAUGUAAGUGCGCUGAGUCAGCUGCGAAUUUAACAGAAUCUGGAUUAGAUUUUUCAUCUAAGAGCCUCUACAUUGAGAAGAUCAUCCAUAGUUAUUAAAAGCUACCGCAUUUUGUAGCUGGUUGUUUAAGCCAAUGUAAAUAUUAGUUAAUAAUCCUAGGGCGACUUAAUAGUAAAAAAGGAAUCUGAGAUGUUAUUAUAGUGUAUAUAUAAAAGGAUCGAAAUCGGACAGAAGCAAACAUGUAAGUAUGUCAUUGUUUCAAGCUCUGCAUUAGUCGCGAUUCUUGCCUUGAUCCUUCUUGAAUUCAAAAAAUAAAAACUUCCCAAUGUAUUCCGCGCUUCAUUUCAUUAAAUUCUAUAAGUUUUGACUGGAUAAAUAAAUUUCAAGGGAUUUCUAGUGAAGAAACUGGUACAACAGAAGUUAUAACAUUAAUCGACUACCCAGAUCCAUAUAGUACAUGUAGAAAUCUAGUUAUCUCGAAGUGGUUUAAUGAAUAAACCAAUUUCAUAUUUAUCCAAUGUAUGUUAGUGCUUCCCCAAUAGCUGUCAGAAUGCUUCGAAACAAAGAGUGGUCUGAAGAAGUAAUUUUCAGUAGACACGACAGAUACUUCUCAGUUCGCUUCCGUUCUGCUCCUUUUAUUAAGUAUAUCCUCUUUUCAUUAAACGCGUCAUCAAGAACAUAACAACCGGUAUGGCCUAGGCCUGUCUUAGUAAGGAACUCCAAACAUCCCGGCUUGUCCUAAAGCAUUGAAGGUGGGGCAGACCAUAACUUCUUCUCUUCUAAUAAUAAUCAAUGGCGCAAUAAUCCAAUUUGAAUCUAUGCCUUGAGCGUAUUUAUGACAUUCAAGGCCGUAACAGUACACUAGGAGGCAAUGUGGUUAGCAUUACCCUGAUUGAAGGCAGGUGCUCAUUCACAACUAAAUAAACUGGUCCGUCCCGACAGCGUCGCGUCCCAGAUUUAACAGCUUUUUUUCGUGUUGCCAUUUGCAAAUUCACCUCCUAAUUGUUACUUGCUCCAUCUUUCGAGAAUGCUUUAAAACCUAUUUGCCCAUGCAAUAUAUCAUCCUUAAAUUUUUCUCAUAAAAUUAUUCUAAAGCAGCUGACGAAACAAA